AUGAAUAAAAUUCCAGAAAAGUUCUUGCCAAGAAAAUAUGCAAUCACGACUAAGGUUCCAGAUACAAAAGGGACUUUGCGAUGCUGUGUAGGCCGUAAUCCCUACAAUGGCUACAAGUACCUGUGUGGCGCAACCAGCUCCUCUCUGUACCUGAUGCAGUGGUAUGACCCUCUUAACAAGUUUAUGCUGCUCAAGCAAAGUGAGUGCUACCUGCCUCAUCCCCUAAGAGUAUUUGAGAUGGUGAUCACGCCGGACCUAGAGUAUCCCCUCAUGUGUGUUGACGUCAACCGCAGCUACGGCUCGGAGGACAUCCUACGCCAUAACCUCAUAAACCUCAAUACUGGCACGACUUGGACCCCUGAAGAUGACGAGGACAUGGAUGGAAUGGCUACUGUGGUCCCCCGGCAUAAUUUGAAUGUAAAAAAUGUCACGCAAAUUGAGAAGGAUGCCAUUCUAGUCUGCUUUGAAAAUGUUGUGAGAGUAGUUAAUUUACAAGGGAAGAUUAAGGAAAGAAAAAAACAGACAUCGGAACUCAAGUUUGAUUUCAAUAUUGAUUCCAUAGUGUGUUUAACGGACAGUGUGUUAGCAUUUCACGAGCAUGGGAUGCAAGGUCGAAGUUUCAAGAAUGGGGAAAUCACACAAGAGAUUAUCGACAACUCUCGACUCUUCAGGUUACUUGGCUCUGACCGAAUUAUCACACUGGAGAGCCGACCAUCGUCAAUGUUGGAGCCGAGUAGCGCAGCCUCAGGGGAGAACCAGGGUGUCAACUUGUACAUUCUUGCUGGACAUGAAUCUAGCAUGUACUGAGCUGUCCUCUGAUGGCUGCUGCAACAUUGAGAGCAGGAAACAACGAGAGCAACAAGGGGUUCAAAUGGCUUGAGUGAGCG